CCCAAUCAAUCCCUUUUCAUGAUUGCGUUCAUUUGAGUACUCAGUACACUCUUGAGAGCUAAUUAACCAAAACUAAGCUAAAAAAAACCUCCCUUUCAUGGCAUCAUCAAACCCCCAAACUCUUCCCACCACCACUCCCACAAGACUCACCACCAUACAAAAAGUAAAAAACAACUUAAAUUUCCAUUCAACAUUAUCUGAACUCAAUGGAGCCAUGGGUGACCUUGGCACAUACAUACCAAUAGUACUUUCACUCACCCUUUCCAAAAACCUCAACCUUGGCACCACUUUGAUUUUCACCGGCUUCUAUAACUUCCUCACCGGUGCCAUGUACGGUGUUCCUAUGCCAGUUCAGCCCAUGAAAUCCAUAGCUGCCGUUGCACUCUCCGACCCCUCUUUCGGUAUCCCGGAGAUCAUGGCUUCCGGUAUCUUAACCGGAGCUGUUUUAUUGGUUUUGGGUUUUACUGGGUUGAUGAAAUUGGCUUACAAGCUUAUACCUUUAUGUGUUGUUCGAGGGAUUCAGCUUGCACAAGGUUUGUCUUUUGCUUUAACUGCUAUUAAAUAUGUUAGAAAAGUUCAAGAUUUACCAAAGUCUAAAUCUUUGAGUAACAGGGAGUGGUUUGGAUUUGAUGGGUUGAUUUUAGCUAUUGUAUGUGUUUUCUUUGUUGUUGUUGUGAAUGGUGCUGGUGAAAAGGAAAAUGAGUUUGAUGAAACUGAGGAAGAAUUGGGUGAUUCAAUUGAAGGGAAUGAGAGAAAAAAGAGUGGUAGAUCAUUUAAAAAGAUUGUUUUUUCACUACCUUCUGCUUUUAUAGUAUUUGUUUUGGGUGUGAUUUUGGGUUUUAUAAGAAGGCCUAAUGUGAUACAUGAAAUUAAAUUUGGACCUUCUAAUAUAGAGUUAGUGAAAUUUUCUAAACAUGCAUGGAAACAAGGUUUUAUAAAGGGUACUAUUCCACAACUACCCUUGUCAAUUUUGAACUCGGUGAUAGCUGUUUGCAAACUAUCCUCUGAUUUAUUUCCAACCAAGGACUUUUCAGUAACUUCACUUUCAGUGACAGUUGGGUUAAUGAAUCUUUUGGGUGGUUGGUUUGGUGCUAUGCCAUGCUGUCAUGGUGCUGGAGGAUUAGCAGGACAGUAUAAAUUUGGUGGGAGGAGUGGAGGGUGUGUGGCAAUUCUUGGUGCUGCAAAAUUGGUUUUGGGUUUUGUUUUGGGAAGUUCAUUGGCUCAUUUUUUCAAACAGUUUCCUGUGGGAAUUUUAGGGGUGUUGUUGUUGUUUGCUGGGAUUGAAUUAGCUAUGGCUUGUAGGGAUAUGAAUAACAAAGAGGAUUCUUUUGUUAUGCUUCUUUGUACUGCUGUUUCUCUUGUGGGGUCUAGUGCUGCUCUUGGUUUUUUGUGUGGGAUGGUUGUUUUUGGACUUCUUAAGCUAAGGAAUUUGACAAGUUUUAAGUCACUCAUUACCAUUUGGAAGCAUGAAGGUCAAGAGCAAGUUUGAAGAAGAAAACAGAAUCCAUGUAUUGAUCAUAUUGUAAUUUGCUACUAGUAACUGCUUAUGCAUAGUGUUUCCUAGUAAUGUAAUGUAAUUAAUCUUCAAUUUAGUUACUCAAAAUGUAUGUAAGGUUUAUAAAUGGAUGCUUGAAAUCAAGGAGGGUUUGACAAAAUUAUGAUGGUACAAUGGUUUUUUGUUGAAGCUC